ACCCGGAAGAGGCGGUGGUGGCGGGGCCGGGGGUCGGGCCGGCUGGCGUCCGAGCGCCUAGCUCCGCCAUGACCAACGAACUGGACAUCUUCGUGGGGAACACGACCCUCAUCGACGAGGACGUGUACCGGCUGUGGCUGGACGGAUACUCGGUGAGCGAUGCGGUGGGGCUGCGGGUACGCUCGGGCAUCUUGGAGCAGACGGGGGCCACGGCGGGGGUCCUGCAGAGCGACACCAUGGACCAUUACCGGACCUUCCACAUGCUCGAGCGCCUGCUGCACACGCCGCCCAAGCUGCUGCACCAGCUCGUCUUCCAGAUCCCGCCUUCCCGGCAGGCGCUGCUCAUCGAGAGGUACUAUGCCUUUGAUGAGGCCUUUGUCCGGGAGGUGCUGGGAAAGAAGCUGUCCAAGGGCACCAAGAAGGACCUGGAUGACAUCAGUGCCAAGACGGGAGUGACCCUCAAGAGCUGCAGGAGGCAGUUUGACAACUUCAAGAGGGUCUUCAAGGUGGUGGAGGAGAUGCGGGGCUCCCUGGCUGGGAACAUUCAGCAGCAUUUCCUCCUUUCAGACCGGCUAGCCAGGGACUAUGCUGCCGUCGUCUUCUUUGCCAAUAACCGCUUUGAGACGGGGAAGAAGAAGCUGCAGUACCUGACUUUUGGGGACUUGGCCUUCUGCGCAGAACUGAUGAUCCAGAACUGGACGCCAGGCGCUGUAGGUGAGCAGCCCCCCUCAGACUCCCAGCUGGACGACAUGGACGUGGAUCUGGAUAAGGAGUUUCUCCAGGACCUGAAGGAGCUCAAAGUGCUGGUGGCAGACAAGGACCUGCUCGAUCUGCACAAGAGCUUGGUGUGUACGGCACUCCGAGGGAAACUUAGCGUUUUUGCGGAGAUGGAAGCCAACUUCAAGAACCUGUCCCGAGGGCUGGUCAACAUCGCCUCCAAGCUGACCCACACCAAGGAUGUGCGUGACCUGUUUGUGGAUCUUGUUGAGAAGUUUAUAGAACCGUGCCGCUCCGACCGGUGGCCGCUGAAUGAUGUCCGACUCUUCCUGAACCAGUAUUCUGCUUCAGUUCACUCCCUGGACGGCUUUCGACACCAGACCCUCUGGGAUCGGUACAUGGUCACCCUUCGCAGCUGCCUCCUGCGCAUGUACCACGACUAAGGUGCCCCUGGGCCCUGCAGAGCGGCACAGGACACCAGCUCAGCAGUUCCUAUCUGGCCCUCCCUUGCCCCGUGGGUAGGGUGGGGUGGAGGGUGGUGAAUCGGGGUCCAGACAGAGAGCUCAGCUCCUGUUCAGGCCGUGAUACUUGCUCUUCAUCUUUCUGUUGGUUGGUGGGAGCUGAGGCCCAGGGUGGGGAGCUCAAUCCCAGACCUCAGGCCCAGGACACCUUGUCCCCAGGGCUCCCAACUGGACCCCUCCUGCCUUGUGGCUGGUGGGGAGGGGAACAGGAGCCAGGGUUCAGGAAGGAAGCUCCACCCCUGACCACAGGCCCAGGACAGCAGCUCUCCCGCUCCCUGGGCCAUCCCAGAGUCCCUCUUUGUGCUGAUCAAUAAAUGAGCAGACUUGGGGCUGAGCCUUGA